AUGACGAUAUCAGCACUCUACGGAUUUGGUCAGCCCAUAACAAACUUGCAGAUCGACUCGGCUGUUAAAGCUGUGUACUAUGAGAUGAUCGGCCAGACAUUUGCUGUGCUGGGAAUGGCAAUUGCGAAGAUUUCACUCGGCCUUUUCCUACUUCGCAUUGUGGUGAAGCAAUGGCAUCGAAUUUCUAUCUGGUUCUGCAUGGUGACACUAGCCGCGAUUUCGGUAAUGACAAGUAUUACUUUCUGGCUUCAACGCUACCCGGCUGAGGCUAUCUACGAUCCGCGCGUGCCAGGCCGCACUUUGCUAUCUGUCACGCCUUUCGCACUUGCGCUUGGGAUUUGGUGUGCUGUUGUGGACUUCUAUCUUGCUCUUCUUCCAUGGAUUUUCAUUUGGAAUUUGAACAUGAAAUUCAAGGAGAAAAUGUCUAUUGCGAUAAGUUUGAGCCUAGGCUUUAUCGCCUGUGCCUGCGGAAUUAUUCGAUCAGUUGAUAUUGUGGGCAUGAACAGUAGCAAUUACACCGGUAUGGAACUCCGACGGGUGGCCACCAUCGGACUCAUUGUUUGGUCGGCCGUCGAGUUAGCUGUCACCCUCAUCUGUGUUGGUAUUCCUACCGUCCGGCCUCUCUAUCGUGUCAUAGUUCAUGGAUCAAAACCGGAAAGCUCAAAUGGUAGGUAUAACCAGCAACCUGGCUCGGAUCAUUCGUCGCGUUUCCGCAUGCGAAACCUGAUGAAAGACAACAGUUUGUUCAGCAUGACACAAGAGGGACAGACGGAGUCAUAUAUCACCCGCAAUGACAAUAAGAGUGACGAAGAAGUUUUGGUGGGUCAUAAUGGAACCACUCAUGAUGGCAUUAUUGUGCGAGAGGAUGUGACUGUGGAAACAGGGAAGCGAUAUUGA